AUGAAGGAAGAAAAUGCUACUAUUUGUGGGCUGCCUGGCUGGACUGCACUGACAAGAAACGAAACGGUCUCCUUCAUCAAUAACGUCCUCCUCGCCGCUGUAAAUGCACCCUGUGCUAUUUUUGCGUUCCUUUGUAACCUCGCCGUUAUUGUCACUGUCACCAAAAGUCCCUCUUUGCAGAGACCCUGCAGCAUUCUCCUGUGCAGCCUGGCCUGUACAGAUUUCCUCACAGCAGUCAUUGCGCAGCCAAUGUUUGUCGUGUGGCGACUGAUUCUUCCGAAUGCCAAGGAGUCGUGUUCACACCAGCUAUGGAUUUUUUACACCUUUCAUAAUUUCUAUGCUUUUACAGUUGGUUUGUCUUUCGUGAUUGUCAUAAUCAUGAGUUUUGAUCGCCAUUAUGCUCUGUCCAAACCACUGAUAUAUAAUACAGAGGCUUCCAAAGAAGGUAGGUGUUUGCACUGGUAAUGAUAAUUAAAAUAGUAUCCCAUAUAAUAAGGAAACGGAUAAAUACUGACAAUGAGCAGUGUUCGAUGGAUAGUUACUUCACCACAAAGCGGCACUGUAAAUAUAGUACAACUGACAAUUACAUUCUUCACUCAAAGGUUUACUUAAUAAUGCUCUUUAGUAUAUACUUCUAGUAAUAACCGAAGGUUACGGAGGGCGCGCGACAACGAAAGGUCAAAACGCUUUUACUCCAGCGCUGUGCUCUGCAUAAGUUUCAAGUGACAGAUGAUCAAAACACGUGUGAUGAGAUAACGAGUGAUAGAAGGUCCAAACACGCGUGAUCAAAGUGCUUUCUGCGCAUUCCAUUUGUCCUUAGUGGAAUUCCAAACGAAUGCUGGCUACAUACAUGCGACGCAUGCGUUAUAAGAACCUGGAGAUUGGGAUUGCGGGUUCCUCUUUCUCUUGUCGCCCCCAAAAACCACCAGUGCAUAGCUUUUGUCGCGCACUCUGAUUGGCUUCUCAAACUCGGGAUGUCCGGUGCUAUUCCCCUCCGAGCGACGCCAAACUCUCGUAAGCUACGAGCAAAAUGGCUUCCCGGGUGCUACCUUAACAAACGAGGAAAUGUCACAUAUAAUCGAAGAAGCUGUUACCGAAAAACGCGAAGAAGGCGACGAAAUUCGGUUUGGAAGUUUUUACAGGUACAGUUUUCCUUUUUAACCUAAAUUUAUCGAUGAAACCGGUGAAAAAGGUUUUUGUUUACAAAGGCAAAUUAAGUCUUAAGCCUAAAACUAAGUUUAAUGGCUUUUGUACAGAAUGGUUUCAAAUACAAGAAUAAUUUACAACUUCUUUUGAAGAGAAGAAGAGCUAAAAAAAUACCGUCAAAAGUUUUUUUUGUCGGCAAGACGGCAAGACAACGUGAAGGCAGUCAUUUGAGCUCCCAAAUUGUAAUCUUUGGCAGCAAUAAAUGAGUUAAAAAUCUUCAUUCUUGAGUUCAAUUACCUCACUGUCCACCUCCACUUCGGUGAAUGAUUGUUAAUUAUGGACCUAUUGCGGAGUAGUCUUGGUACUAGAAUUAGACCUUAAACCUCAGGUCCGUGUUCGAGGACCUGGUUGUGCCAUCAUGCCUCUUAUUUAGACAAGAAACUUUGCUACAUGUUUUGUCAUUUCCAGAUUCGUGUAUGAAUUGCAUUGGUAACUGCGGCGUAAUGCCGAGCAGGGCGUAAUAAGCUAGCUUAUUACACCCUGAUGUCGAGGGUACAACGCCCGCAGUGAGGGGCCUAAUUCAUUUCUUAAAGUAUGGUGUUGAAUAGUGAGACCUUCCAAGGGGUAGAAGAGACAGGAGACAUGGCCCAGAAAACUGGCGACAAUCUUUUGCCAAAGCACCAACAAUCGACAGAAAAGGAGGAAAGAAUUGUGACAGCGACAAUCCAUUUUUUAAGUAGUGAAAGCUACAUACGUUCACUUUUGUAUAUUGCCUGUUUUGGCAGCCAAAUAAUUUAACAGACUCUCUUCCGUCAGAACUGGGAUUCUGCUUCCGUUUGAUAUUUCCAAACAUUUUCUGUUAUUUUUUUUCUGGAACGUUUUCUAAUUAUUUAGGAAUGGUCCUCCGAGAAAGAAAGGUUACAAUAAACAGUUAAUGACUGGUCCCGAGAGAAACAGUUAAUUUUGUUUCCUCCGCCUCGGGAAACAGUGAAAGUUUCCGUAGGGACCAGUCUUAUAUAGCCCACGAAGAAAAACCUUUUUCUUGUAUAGUCUGAAAUGUCAUACGUCUCCACCCACUAACCUGUGGGGAGACCGGUGUUAGACGUAUGACAUUUCAGACUAUUUCGUAAACAAAUUUAUAGGAAUAAAUCUCGCGAGCGGUCAACAUUCCCGGGUAACAGUGUUCUGUUACCCUCUGACGUCAUAUAUUUUACAAUGUUGCCUGCUCAGAGAUUUUGGCGGGAAACAGUUUCAUUGUUAGAUGCAUGUCAUGUGACCUCAAAGUAACCAAUGAGAGCGCGCUGUUGGGAAAAGACUUCCAGCUAAUUAACAAUAACAAUUUUCAGUUGCUAUAUCUGCCGUAAAUUCUAAAUUGAGUAUCAUAAAACUUUAAGCUAAACCGACAGCGACAUUUUCGUCCUAGCUAAAAUACGACGGCGACAUUUUUCCGGCCAAACCUUCCAUCCGACAGACAGACAAAGCGACAGCAUACCCUCUUCCUCCCCUCCCCCUCGGAAGGCCUCAAUAGUGGCCGCGCUAAACAUUUCAUCUCUGAGAUAGUCAGAUCGUCUUGAUGUGUUUGUUUGGUUGGACUAUUCGGAAAACAUCUCGUUUAAGUGCAAGUUUAUUGUAGCAUAAACUGAUGUUAAUGAACCUUGAGAUAUGGCCGGCUAUUCUGUUCACAGCUCAUGUUGUAAUACUGGCAACAAUUGUAUCUCUGGCUGUUCUAAUGUCAUGCAAUGUUCAAUACUUGAAUAAACGUCUACAUUAUUUAAAAACCGUAGACAUCAGUCAAAAGUUUAAGGCAAAACAAAGAUCAGUUACUAGUUGUAUCACAGUGUAUCCUUUUUUCUCUGCAAGUUCCACUUAAACUUUAUCGUGAUAUUCCUAGACUUCGAUAGACUCUGCAAAGGCUCCAUUAACAUUAUGCACAUGCGCUCUCCUAUAAUAAUUCACCCCUUACAAAGUCUUUUCCAGCCAAUUCUUUCAGGAAUUCGGUUCUUCUACAACUGUCUUUUGGCACGAGAGUGCAACCCUUGGCUGGCUGCAAUUUACCUCACAGUAAGGCUAAUUGCCGUUAGAAACAGGUUGAGAAAAAUAACCAUUCCACGGUGAGGACCCCGGUCUCACCUGAUCUGUACUCCACCCAGGAAGCCCUCUUCCUGGUUUCCCUUAGUUCCCAGUGACCAGGAGAUGUACAUGUGGGGCUGACUGGAUACUGAUCAGGGCUCCUGUCUUGGAUGGAUACCCCCGGUACCACUCGAUCUCAUUUCCCCCUUGGCAGGGCCCUUGUUGUAGUCGUCUAACCCUGCCACCGAAAUCUUGCCCAUUAGUUUCUUGUUGUUUUUUCAUUAUAAUAUUAGCUGCUUAGAACUGUCAGUUGAAGCCAUCCCUUGAUCAAAAGAUUUCAUAAGUUCCUAUAAAAUUCACCAUCUAUGGAUAUCAGGAGUCAAGGCCCAGCUCGCGCAGAGAAUCGAAUUCUCUACAGUAGUACUAAUGUCAAAAUUUUCAUUAAUUUUCUUUUAACCAGGCGCUAUAAAAAAGGUGGCCUUCGCAGGCAUAGUCUUGGUGGUGAACUCAGUCCUAAUUGCUUUCGUUUUACCCUUCCUUAUCGCGAUGAUCGUCACCAUUGGCAGCGGUGUGCUGAUGCUUGCUCUACCGACUGUCAAUUACAUCAGAACUUGGUUCGCUAUUCGCCAUCACAACAAUCAGAUUGUGAACGCCAUUAACUCGCAACAGAUAUCCGCGUUGGUUCAGCGAGAGAAGAAAGCAGCAGUAGAUAUGGGCAUUGUCACCUUCUCGCUCUUUGCCUUCGUGACGCCUAAUUUUCUAAAUUAUAUUAUUUAUAUGCAACAUUACCUACGAAUCCACGCGAUUGUUUACCCUUGGGGCAUAACGUUAACACUUAUCACAUCAUCAAUUAAUCCUCUGAUUUACUUUAUAAGGAAUAAAAAUCUGCGAAAUGCAUUUCGGUCUACAAUGAACAUGUAA